UUUUAGGAAGCAAAAUAAAUGUAGUUUAGACUGAUUAGAAUUUCAAUGUUGUGUUUUUUAAAUUCAAAAUAAUGGAGGAUUUUAUAUUAAUUAAUUGUGUAGAGAGGAUAGAUCACUUGUAUUCUUUCAUCUAUCAUAACAUUAGAGAACUUGGAGUAAAGCUACCUAAAGUAAAAAAAUUAAAUAAACUUAACCAGUCUAGAAAAAGCUGUUCGUUAUCGAGCCAGCAACAGCAGGGACAGGAUGAAAACUACAAAAGAAAAAUCUUUGGAGAACCAUUAAAUGCUUUACCCAAGUGCUUUUUGCAGAAUUAUGGCUAUGUACCAGAAUUUCUGGUACAAGCCUGCAAUUUAAUUGAACAACAUCUUCAUUGUGAAGGUCUCUUUAGAAAAUCUGGAUCAGUUAGUCGACAAAAAGAGCUCAAACUUGCUGUUGAUGAAGGCAAAUCUCUGGAUGGAGCCAAUGUAUUUGAUACAGCUGUACUAAUCAAACAGUUCUUUAGGGAACUGCCAGAGCCUUUGUUUGUCAGCGUCUAUUUGGAUGCUUUCAUUAGAUGUUACCAACUACCUCCUGAUAAAGAUCCUAAGAAAGCCCUGCUGCAGUUGUGUUUGCUUUUACCACUGGAGAACAUUGCAGCUUUGAGAUAUACCAUGCACAUGUUGUCCAAGGUGGCGGCUACUUGUGAUAAAAACAAAAUGACAGCCAACAAUCUGGCCCUUGUCAUGGCCCCCAACAUGAUGCACAGCAACAAGGGCACUCAGAAGAUGAGCUCCUCUGAAGAGAAGCUGCUCCACACCCAGACUUGCAUCGUGGAGCUGUUGAUAAAAAACUGGGAGCAGAUUGGGAUGGUCAGUGGCUCUCUGCAACAUCAGAAUAGGGAUGUCAGCAGUUGCUCCUUCAGAAGCUCCGACUCCAGAGUUAGUCUGAUGGCAGAAUGUUUUGGUACUGAUGAUGACCUGGACGCCAGUGAUGACAACACGUUGGAAGAAUCCAAAGAAGUUUCUCAGAAACUCAGGAGGAAGAGAAGUAGCUCAUUGACUGGUUUUGUUAACUCCAUUGCCAAUGGGUUGGCUAAACUCCGUCGCAGCACUGACGGGAAAGGUGUCAAUAUGUCCUUGAAUAGCACACAAAGGGGUGAGCUUUCACAUGCCUGCUCUGGCAAUGCGAAUCAAAUGCAGGAAAUGCUCACCAACACAGUCACACCUUGUGUCAUGAGAAAAAGAAGAGCAUCAGGAGAGACAGUACCAUUCUCUGCCUCUAAAAAGAAAGCCAUUCUUGGUAAUCUGCCACAAAGGUCAGCAUUGGCCUCAACUCCUUUUACACCUGCUUCAACUGCUAAAAAGAAUCAAGAUAACAGGUUAACACUGAAUAUAACAACACCAGCAAUGGGAGGUAAAACAGCUCGUAAAAAGCUCAGCCUGUUUACGUCCCCUGGAAAGGUCAAAAGGGAAAGUUCAGAGUCACCUCCAGCUAUGAGAAGCAAAUCAAAAAGCAAAAAAAAUAUUUUCAAACGACUUAGUGGUAGCCGCCAAGAAAAGGUUUGUGAUGAAUCUGUGGAGACUCUUCCUCGAAGUGUUUCAUCGCCAACUCUUCUUGAAUGUUCUCACAAGCCUGAUGUGUGCUCAGUUAACCAAAUUGACAGCAUUGCUGGUUUAAGUGAUGGGAGCAAGAAGAAGAAAAAGAAUCUUAUUAGUGAGCCGUCACCUAUCAUUGUGCCUGUGUGUGUCAGUGCCCUUGACCUUCAGCCGCAGAACUGUGAGAUCAGGAGAAGCAGGAGGGAUGAGUUUGAGCAGAAGAGAAAGAAGCUGAUACAAAGUGUGAAGGAGUCUCACAAUGUGGAUAUGAACCAGAGUGCUGACUCUCAGUUGGAUCCUACCCUUAUGGAAGCUGUGCUGCCACCUCCUGAGGGGUUUGCAGAUGAGACUGUGGUGAAUGUCAACCCUGGUGAUGAUGAAAGUGAGGAGGUGGAUGUAGGAUCUGACCUCGAGUCUGAAGCUGGGUUCUCCACCAUAUCUGGUGGCACUGUCAUUGAUAUGAGAGAGCGCGGAGGGUACAGGAAACAGGCAGCGCACAUGAACUCCAGCUCAUCACUUAUUAGCUCUGUGUCCAGACAGAUAACUUCCUCUCUUAACUCCUUGUCCAGCAUGGACAGCUUGGAAAGAAGGUUAUCACAUGGUAAAUCCUCAAAGUUUUCUGACUCUCACAGCAUAUGUUCUGACUCGGUAAAUAUACAUGGUUCUGAUAAAUCAGAAGAGGAGGAGGUCUGGGUUCGACGCAAGUCUGCAUCCACAUCUGAAAAGCUGAACUCUUUCAGCAGUGAAACUGCAUUGGACCCCCAACAAGAAAUUGCCUUGCCUGUUUAUAGUAGUGUGUCUCGGAAGAAGUCCAUUUCUGCUGAAGAUCUACAAUCUACUCGUAAGAAAGUAAACGUCCCCACAAGAGCACAUAGUAUGUACCUGUCUCCUUGUAAGAAAUACAACUUCAAGCCACACCUGGAGAUAAGCAAACAGACCCACAAUUUGCUUGCUAGGGCAGGCUUCAUUCAGCCUACAAACUGUGAUGCAAAAGAUGUCCCUGUGCCAGUGAAGUCGCCAAAGCGGUCCAGUUAUAGAGAGGAGAUGAUGCUGUCCCUUCGAUCCAGUUUCCAUGAAAGACACACACACAACAACAUCUCGUUCAGGUCAUUGAGGGCCUUGCCAAAUUCUUCAUUGACUCAGGAUGGGAUGAACAGACUUAAUGUUCAAGAAAGAACAAACAUGGACAAUGGUCAGACUGCUGUUACCAACACAGACAAGUUGGUAGAUCAUGUGGAGAACAGUCCAUCAUUAAAUGUCACAGAUGAUGGACACCAGAAAGAUAUCACAGGGUUAGAAGUGGAUGUGACAGGACUAGAUGACACAGUAGUUAGGAAUGAACUAACAGAUAUGGAGGACGAAGCCAUACUUGAUGUCACAUGUACACAAGUGGAUGAGACCACUACUAUAAGUAGCAGCACUAUGAUGGAUGUCACAGACGCAGAAAAAGAUGUGACGAACAUAGAAGUUGACAUUACAGGUGUUGAAUUUCAUGCAAUUGAUACUUCUGAUGUUGACCCUAUGGACACCGAUACAGAGACAGGUCCAAAAGUUGAAAGCCAGGCCUGUGUGAAAGAAACAAAUCUAUUAAAAAUCAAAAGAGCUGAAGUCCUGGUACAAAGGCAUGACAGUGUACUAAACAUUCAGCAUGCUGGCUUGGUAUCGCAGAGUAUAAAACAGUUCUCCGAUCAACAGUUACACAACCAACAUGACCAUGACCUUUCUGGUCCAUCAGUUUCUAAAAGAGGGAAAUCCCCAGUUCGCAUCCCAACAAUCUUUGCAAAAAACCACAAUAGAACUCGUCAUAGGGUGAAUGCACAUAUGUCUAGAGAACGGACAGGCAAUACAAGUUUUCAAAAUUUUUUCCCAGAAAAAGAAUCCACAGAUGGCAAAGAGGAGGAAAAGAAUUUGUUCUCUGUGUCUCAGGAAGAAGUUUCUUCAGAAGAGUGUUAUGCCAGGUCUGGGUCUGAAGUAAGUCCCUCAAAGGAACCUGUGGCAAGAAUGCAGAUUGACUUGAGUGACUCCCUGAUGGAGACAAUCAAUGACAUUUGCACCCCCAGAGCUCAGCGUACAAGACCAGGAGAGCCAUGUCAAGAACUGAAGUCUCCACUGAAAGAGUCCACCAACCAGAUUCAGUCAGCCCUGGUUGCCAGUCUGAAGUCUGGAAAUGCUCAUGAAAAUCUGAAGAUUUGUUCUGCAAUGAAGACCCCUCACAGAAUCUCCCUUCCAAAAGAGUUGAAGCCUCUUCAGAUUUCCUCCGCUGCCAGAAAUCAGCGACCCCAGAUAAAGCGUCUAAGAGUGCAGUAUUCCCCUCGUAAAGUCAAUCACAGGUCGCCCAAACUGAACUCGCCGUACAGGUCACCCAAGACAUCUGUACCAAAGCAACAUUAGAGUUGGCAAUGCAGAGGCUAAGACUCCACUACCACUAUUGUUAUUGUUGAAGUCAUUUUAUUAUUAUUAUUUCUUUUUCUGGUGAUUGUUAUUGGUAGAUAUUUAGUCAUUCGUUUAGCGCUUCUUUUGCUUUAUUUUAUUUUUUAGAUUUUGUUUCAUAAAUAAUAAUUUCUAGAAAGUUUUCCAUUAAAAACAAAAAACUAAUGAGAUUUGUAUGAGAAAUCUAUGAUUAAGAUCUUUCUGUUAGAGUUGUCCCACAUUGUGAGACAUUGUCUUCCCUGUCAAAUGUAAUGACUACUUUAGAAAUGUAAAUCUAGUGCUUUGUGCAACUACAUGGAUAACAAAGGGAAUUAAUUCUUUUGAUCACAAGGAAUUGGUUGACUCAUUUUAAAAUCUAUUUUUUCUAUGAUCUUUGCACAUGUAGUAUGUAUCAUACUAAAAGAAGUUUGCACUGGCUUUAAUGAUAACAAUUAUCUUCAUUAUUCUUGAGAAACUUUGUCAUACAAUUGUGCAUUACACAUUAAAAAACAUUAUAGUAACAAUAAACACAUUUCAUACUAGUUUCACUCAAACAUUGCAUCAGGAAGUUGGAUUGGAUUUAAUGAGUUCAUUUCCAUGUUGCCAGUGAUCAUACAUUUAUGGUUAUAGUAAGUUUAUUUUUUAUUAGGUUAAAUGUCCAUUAACACUUAGUGUGGAAUUACUUUGGCUAGGAUGAUGUUUACAUAAAAGUUCCCCUUUCAUUCCUCGUGAUCUAUAAGGGCAGAUGAUGUAAAAGUCAUCUGUUUCUGUGGCCCACAGUUAACAAGGGUGUCAUAUGGCCAGCACAACGAUCAGCAGCCUAUACAUUUCCUCCAACUUAUGUCAAGCUGGGUGGACUAAAAGUGCCUAAUGAUCCCAAAAUUAAAAAUCAUAUUCUUUACCAGGACUUGAACCCAGGACCUCAGAAGCCAAACACUUUACCACUCAUCUACUGCACCUCCAUGCAGUCUACACAAGUGUUCACUAAUAUCUUAGGUUCAAAACUUGUAAACAUUUACAGCUAACCAGAGAAGAAAGACUUAAGGAUGUAAGAAACAUUAUGUAUUAAACAUAAACUGAACUACUCUGUAAUGUAGAACACUUGAGCAUUCUUUUGUAAAAUGCACAGACAAGCUGAAAGAUAGAAGCAUGUUUCUUAUUCCAUCUCCUAGGAAACACACAUUUUUUUUUAGUACCAUUCCUGUAUGGAAUGGGUUGCUUGAACGAGUUGAAAUACCCAACGAACACAAGCAAGAUCAACACAUAAACAUCUUUUUCAAAAUUCUCUGGAAAUUUGUAAAAAGAUGCUUUAGGCUGCAAAGUUUUGUAUUUAUAUAUAUUUUUUUUGUAACUUAUAUUGUAAAUAUUUCAGAAUUUUUGUUUUUUACUGUUUAAAAAUUUCUGCUAUUUUUUUUUUAAUGUCCAAUGUGAUCUUUAAAAAAUAUAUACAAAUUGAUGUAACAUGAUUUAUAACCUGGAGUCAUUUUAUAUUUGAUAUCAAGUUUAUUAUAUGGAUUCAUAUAAUUUAUAUUUAUAAUAAUUUUUGUUUAAAGUGCAGUACUUUAUUUUUUAUUGAUUAUUAUGGAAUCAAAUAUUUGUAAAAAAUAGCAACACAGGAGGUCACAGACCAUCCCCUUGACUGUUGAAACAGUUUUUUUUUUUUUAAUUCAUUAUAUAACUUUUAAUUGAGGUUGUGAUUUGUAAAAAAAAAAAGUACUUAAUAGUGUUGUAGAUUUAUUUAUGAGAGGAAUAUUUUGGCGCCUUUAAAUAGUACUCUUGCUAAUUACUGGCCUUUACCUACUGUUAAUGAGUAGUAUUUUUUUAGCCAGCUAUAGCAAUUAAUAUUUAUUUACAAUAUCCAGAUGCUUACUCAAAUGUCUGGGGGUAAAAUCAGUGACAAAAUGAUUUGUUUGUGAGAGUAUAGUGAAUAGGUUUUGAGGGUGUAAUCAGCAACCUAAUGAUUUGUCUGAGCAGGUUUAGCCAGUCACCUUAUGUUGGGUAGUGAAGUCUAACCAGUGACCUAAUGAUUAGUUUGUGAGAGUAUAAUCAAUGGCCUUAUUGUUAGGUUCUAAGGGUAUAAUCAGUGACCUAAAGAUUAUGUAGUGAAAGUAUAUCCAGUGACCCAAUGAUUAGGUUGUGAGGGUAUAAUCAGUGGCAAUAAGUAUAACACAUUGUUAUGUUAUGAUUUAUUAUUCCCCAGUUCUCUCCCUUUUCUCUCUAUCCAUUAUGUUGACAUUUCAUAGAAUUAAUUUGGGUUCCAAUUAUAAUGAAUGAUGUAUCAAAAGGGAUUUCUUUUUUCCCCCAAUAUUUAUAGCUUAAUGAAUUACAGCUCAAGUGUUAUAGCUUAAUUGCUAAUAUUCAUGGUGCCUUCUAGUAAAUAUAUUCUCAGAUAGAUGGAAUUUAAUGCUUUGUUGAUCAACAUUCAGAACUGUUCCAUUAUUCCAUUUAACCUACAUUUGCUCAAGUGUUAUUUAAAUAAAUUCUGGUAUGGUACAAAUCUAUUCAUGUGUGCUAGACUGUGUCAGACAAAACAAGCCAGUAAUAAGGAGUCAAUGAAAAUGAUCAAAUCUUCAAGUCAUAUAGACUGUGGAUGAUAUUGACAAGGUUGACACUGAUAUAAUUAAAAGGAUUUUAGACAAGAUACAAAACCACCUAGUGGCUUGGCUUGUAUGACACUUUGUACAUUUUGUGAGAUUUAAUGCAUAAUCCCAAGGGUAAUAGUUGAAAAGUAGUAUGGUUGGUGCUAUUCUAAUUUGUUGAACUAUGAAUCCAAACUUAGGUCUAUGGAUUUAAAACUGAGAUAUAUGAAUCCAAACUUAGGUCUAUGGAUUUAAUACUUAGAUCUAUGAAUCCAAACUUAGGUCUAUGGGUUUAAAACUUAGAUCUAUGAAUCCAAACUUAGGUCUAUGGGUUUUAAACUUAGAUCUAUGAAUUCAAACUUAGGUCUAUGAAUUCAAAGUGUUCAGUUUUGUUGGUAUAAAAUGUUGUUCUCCCCCCCUGUAUGCAUAAAUUAUCUUAUUGUAUGUAACAAAGUGAACAUUUUUUUUUGAAGUAAUAUAUUUUAAAAACUGUUUGCUGACUUCUUUCUAUGUUUACUCCGAGGUCUACUUUGAAGUGAUUUUGGUUAAUGAACUUAAGGAUUUGUUGCUUUUCAUACUAGAUGUAAUAGUCUUUACCAAGGCACUCACUAGCAGAGAACUCAAGCUGUGCAUUGCUUCAUUUGGAAAGUAGUUUGCUCCCUGAACCUUGACCUGAUGAACUGUGCAGGGCAAGUUUUGUUCAGUUUCAGAGUGGGGUAUAUAAAACAUGAAGACUAGUGUCUUGAAUUCUAAUAAUAUUUGAUGGAAAUAUAAUUUGAUGUUUGAAUUGUUAUAUCUAGAAUUCUAAUUAUAUGUGUUUAUAUAUAUAAUGUAAUUCUAAUGACACAAAUUGUUACAUCUUGAAUUCUAAUUAUAUAAGUACAUGUUAAUCAAAAAAUUACACUAUAAAUUGUUUGUAUGUAAAUACAUUUUUACAUCAGUAUGUGCUUUCAAUAAUGCAAUUAUAAAGCUUGACCUAAUUGAACACAAUAAACUGCUUGGGACUCAAAGCUUUACUAGA